CGAGGCUCGAGGCUCCUGGCUCGAGCAUUCUGAACUUGAUUGCCGGUACGUGGCGAUCGGUACCAGUGAUUCGGAAUACAACCAGAUACAACGCGAUCCCGUAUCCCGUCACCGUCAGUCGAGCUUCAUACGCUUACUGCGACGGUUCACAAGCGGUAAUUGAGUGUAUGCGGAGAAAUUAAAAGUCGGCGGCCGCUCGAGACAUUUCAGCACGUAUCGCCGGCGUGUCCAUCCGUCCGUCCGUUCGUCCGUCCGUUCGUUCGUUCGUUCGUUCGUUCGCUUGCUCGCUCGCUCGUCGUACAAACGUCGUAAAUACCGUCGUGGAUGAACGCGUCGACGACGGCGAGAGAAAAGAAGAAACGAUAACCAAUUUAUGAUGGCCAGUUUACGACAAACACCGCUAACAUGUAGCGGACAUACGAGGCCCGUGGUUCAUCUCGCCUUCUCCGAUGUCACCGAGUCCGGAUACUAUCUCAUUUCGGCGUGCAAAGAUGGCAGUCCUAUGUUGCGACAAGGUGACACUGGAGAUUGGAUUGGUACAUUUGUAGGACACAAAGGGGCAGUAUGGGGUGUAGCGUUAAAUCCACAGGCUACUCGAGCUGCAACUGGUGCAGCCGAUUUCAAUGCUAAAGUCUGGGAUGCAAUUAAGGGAGAAGAAAUCCAUUCUUUUCAGCACAAACAUAUCGUUAAAUCGGUCAACUUUAGUACAGAUUCCAAUCAUCUAUGUACUGGCUCUUAUGAAAAGCUCAUACGCAUUUAUGAUCUUAAUAAACCAGAAGCAACUCCACAAAUAUUUUCAGGUCACACAAGUGGUAUUAGGCAUGUCACUUUCUUCGAUAAUAACUCUGCCUUAAUUACUUGUGCAGAUGAUAAGACAUUGAGAGUAUGGGACAGAAAUAGUGGGCAAGAAAUUAAGAGAUUAGAUUUUCCUGCAAUUCCAAGUUCCAUGGAGGUAUCUAAGGAUGGUAGCAUUAUUACUACAACUCACUCUAAUAUUGUUACCUUCUGGGAUAGUAAAGAAUUAACUAAGAUAAAAGAAUUUACGGUUCCGACUCAAGUUAAUAGUGCCAGCUUGCAUCCGGAUUGUAAUAUGUUUGUUUGUGGUGGGGAAGACUUUAAAAUGUACAAGUUUGACUAUAAUACAGGUGCAGAACUAGAAUCAUUCAAGGGACACUUUGGACCUGUGCACUGUGUACGCUUUUCACCAGAUGGUGAAUUGUAUGCCAGCGGAUCCGAGGAUGGUACCUUGAGACUAUGGCAGACGAUAAUUGGCAAAACAUAUGGACUUUGGCGUUGCAUAGAGCAGACGCCUGCGAUACAAGAAAACGCCGCCAUGGUUAAUAAUAAACAAGAAGUUCCUGCCAAUUAAACUGUAAAAUCUCAGAGAAGCGAGAAAAUAUCCGAACAUUUUUCAAAAGUCUAUAAAGAGACCAAUUGGACCAAAAUUGGCCGAGUGGAUGGAUCUCUUGCGAAUGAAACAUGUUAAAUAUUUUUUUUAUGGGUCAUUGUUUAUGCCCCAUGAAUACUCUGUAAAUAACGCAUCUUUUUAGGAAAUAGUCGUCGGCCUUCACCGAACUUGCGUUUUAUUUCAGGCUAGUAAGUCUAAAAGACUAAACUUUAAGAUCCGUGAAGGCACACGCGCGCACGAUAUUUAUAUCACGCUAUUUAUAUUACAAGAAAAACGACGAAAAAAAAAGAAAUAUUAACAUUUAUUAACAUUAUACAUUUCACAUUAUUAUAAUACAAAAUUAGAUAGAGAUGUAACGAGAGAAAGAAAGACAAGUUCAAAA